CUCCACCAGCUCUUCGACGACCUCUUCGCCCGCUAUAACAAGCACGUCCGCCCAGUGCCCUCCCACGACCAGGUCACCGAGGUCUUCUUCGAGAUCGCUCUCUACAACGUCUUGGCUUUGCACACUCGGGAGCAGAAACUGGUGACGAACACAGAGAUGAUCUUACAGUGGAAGGAUCACUUCCUCUCGUGGGAUCCUGCCUCCUUCAACGGCACCGAGGUCAUCAGAGUGCCAUACAAGGACAUCUGGUAUCCUGAUGUCAUCCUUCACAAUACCGCCGACUCAAACUACGAGCUGGGAAUCCUCAACACGAACGCCAAAAUCAAGUACACGGGCGAGGUGCAACUGGCCUCCCAUGCUUUCUUCCAGUCCACCUGCGAUGUCAACACCUUCUGGUACCCGUUCGACCAGCAGGACUGUCAGCUGGUGUUUGCCUCCUGGACCCACACCACCGACGAGGUGGAGUUAGUGAUGGGAAAAGCGGACCUGUCAGAGUACUCCCCUCACCCUGAGUACUACCUCGAGGACUUCUACUCUGUCACGACUCAAGUUCAUGACCCAUGCUGCCUCAAGCCCUUCACUUUUGUAACAUAUCACCUGCAGCUUCAGAGGAGGACCAUGUUUGCCGUCUUCUUCUUCAUCCUCCCGGGGGCCGUCGUCAACACCUGUGCCCUGAUGACGUUCAUGCUGCCGGCGGAGUCUGGAGAGAAGGUGAGCCUCGCUACCAACGCCCUGCUGGCUAUGAUGGUCUUCCUCAUGUCCAUGACCCAAGAGAUACCCCCUACUGAGAGCGUCCCCCUCAUCGGUCGUUACUACGGGGGAUGCAUUCUCAUGUUGGGGAUAAACAUCGUGACUUCUGUCUUCUCUCUUCGUUGUCAUUAUCACUCCAGCUCUCCCGUGCCAGGAGCACUCAGCGCCGUGGGACGGUUCAUGGGACGGGUGCUUCUGGUCUCACCUGGGAAGGACCUCAAGAAGAUGUGGGAUGAUGAUUAUCACUCGAAAGUAAACUCCGUGAAGCGGCGAGACUCCAAGGUGAAGGUGGUACAGGUGGAGCCCCCUGGCACACCUGGACGAACUAAGGCCUCCUCCAUGGCAGACGAGUACCACCGUCGAAGCCUCGACGCCCUCGAGGGGAUCCACCAUCUGCUGGCAAACAGGGAAGACAAGACCACUGAAGACAGCGCCACCGCCGCCUCGCCCCACGGCCAGGAGUGGCGCUACCUCUGCCUCGUCCUCGACCGAUUCUUCUUCGUCGCCUCCGUCGUCGUUUUCGCCGUCUUCAAUCUGGCGGUGUUGAUGUCGUCCCCCCACAGCCAGGAGUUCAUCUACUGCCCCAACGGUCCCGGCACCUGCCCCGCGGAUUGGGAUGCGGACCGUGUUGGUGCUAUGGUGGACUCUGGGAAGGGUACUGGCACAGAGUCCGGGCACCAUGCCAAUACCCAUGCAGAAGGGUCCAUCAAGGGGCCGGUGAUUGGCACUGAUGGUAGAUAUUAUGGUAUUAUAGAUCCUUGA